UCUGAAAAUGGUUGUUAUAUGAUCAAGAAGGAAAAGAAAGUACAAUAGGAUUAGGCUGUCAAAAAGAAAGAGAAAAUAAUGUUUGUAUCAGUAAGGAGGACCACUAUUAUGUUGAAAACUACAUAUCAAUAGGCAGGGAGAGAUCUACAGACUACACAUCAUUUGUUGCUUUUAUAUGAUGGUGUUGCUUUGAUACAAUGGUAUUGGCAGCUUAGAAAGAUUUGAAAGAGAUGGGCAAGACAGGCAGGUGGCUAAGAAGUUUCUUGACAGGGAAAAAAGAGAAAGAGAAGGACAAGGAAAAAUCUACAGCUCAAGUUCCUUCUAAUAGUACAGAGAUUCCGGCAACUCCAAUAUCCACUCUACCGAAUACUCCAAAAGAGAAACGGAGAUGGAGUUUUCGGAGAUCAUCAGCCACUGCACCACCUUCCAAGGACUUGAAUUCCUUGGAACAAAAUGGUGAAAGAACACCAGUGGUGCAGGACAAUUUGGACUCUGAGGAUGAGCUGAAGAAGCAUGCAAGGGCUGUUGCAGCAGCUACAGCUGCAGCUGCUGACGCAGCAGUGGCAGCUGCACAGGCUGCGGCUGCUGUAAUCAGGCUAACAGCUGCAGCUACUGGGCGAGCCGGUGCAGUUGAAGAGGCAGCUGCAAUUAAAAUCCAAUCUGUCUUUCGUGCCUAUUUGGCAAGGAAGGCAUUGCAUGCAUUGAAAGGAUUAGUGAAGCUGCAGGCAUUGGUGAGGGGUCACCUAGUGAGGAAACAGGCCACUGCAACCCUCAGGUGCAUGCAGGCAUUGGUGACUGUACAAGCUAAAGUUCGGGCUCAAAGGCUCCGGAUGGCAGAAGAAGCAAAACCGCCUGUUAAUCAGAAGCAGGCAAUGCAUAGAAAAUCAACACAAGAAAAUCAAUUUAGGCACACAUAUCAUGAAAUUGACGGAGGCAUGGAAGAGAACGUCAAAAUUGUUGAGAUGGAUCUCGGAGAGUCGAAAGGAAGCAUAAAGAGCAGAAAUAGCUAUUCAAACCACCAACAAACAGAGGAAACAGAGCACAGAUUUUCCACAUAUUAUGCUUCAAAUCAUGCAUAUCCCAAGAAAGACAAUUGCCAGGUCUCUCCAGCUCUGUCAGCGCUGACUGACAUGAGCCCGAGAGCCAGCAGUGGCCAUUUUGAGGACCAUUCCUUCAGCACAGCACAAAGUAGCCCCCAGUACUACUCUGCUGUCUCAAAACCUGAUCCAUCAAGAAUUCCUUUUACUUUCCCUCCUCCAGAUUAUACAGACGUAACAGAACCUAUGUCCUAUGAAUACCCAUUUUUCCCAAACUACAUGGCUAACACUGAAUCUUCGCGAGCCAAAGUUCGGUCUCACAGUGCACCAAAGCAAAGGCCAGAAUCAUAUGAGAAGCAACCAAGCCGACGGAGGGCAUCAAUGGAAGGAAGGAAUAUUCCCCGAGCAAUGCGUAUGCAAAGAUCAUCUUCACAUGUUGGUGCCACUGCUCAAAAUUAUCAUUAUCCUUGGAACGUUAAGCUCGACAGAUCAUCAGUUUCUCUUAAAGAUAGUGAGUGUGGAUCUACUAGUACGGUUCUCACAACAAACACAAACUACUGCAGAUCUCUUGUAACAUAUGAAGCUCCUGGAAAUAGGUACUAGCAGUGCAUGCAUUCCCACCGUUCGAAAAAGUUAUUCUCCAAAAAGUGCAGAUUGCUAUAACGAAUAAUUCAGGCUUCAACAAGGAGCUAAUGAAGAAAAUUGAGAUGUUUCAUGUAGAGGCUGCUAUAGAAUUUUGACAAACCUAUGUUUCUGAUUCCAUUAUUGUUUGAGGAGAGCAAUGUAGAGAAAUUCCCCCUGUGUAUAGUCUUCUUUUGCUUGUUGCUUUUCAUGCUUUGGCCAAAUCUGUUCCUAGGUAGAGCACAAGGGAACUGACCUGGAAGCACUACAGGAAAAAAGGCCGGAACACUGUGUAACUGAUUUAUUAUCAGUCAAUAAAAGUUUAUUGUGUGUGAAUCUUUCAAACUUA